CAGAAAGCAAAUUCUGAAUUUAGUGGCUUCAAAAUGAACGAGCCUCUCAAGUUCAAUAUUCCAUCAUUUCAUCUUCAAUGGACUCAUCGUUUCAAGGCCCAAACAACCAAAACGACGACGUUUUCCUCGACGCUCUACCGCACUGCCCCUUCAACCAUUGCCCCGCUACCCCUGAUACUUCGCCGGAAUCUUCCGCUGAGGCUUCCAUUCUUUCCGACCUCAACCCAUCCUCCCCAACUCCGGCGACCACAGUCCGCCGUCGUUCGACCCGACGUCAUUCUCCGGCUAGGGAGCCCAAGAAGACCUGUUCCGACGACAGUUCGUCCACCGUUCCCGGAGAAAACCUUCGGAGCGAUCGAAACCUCGAAACUCCGAAAGAAAACGAGGAUUCCCCCGAGAGAUGCGAUUCGAAUCAAAAGAAACUUCGUUCCUCUCCAUCUCCAACCGUUGCCAGCGAAGAGGGGAAUGAGGAAUCGACGUUAACCACCGCCGAGAAUGACGACAGAGCCACCGAUUUCGCGGACUCGGCCGUGGAAUUCGGUAAUUCCCCUAUUAACUUGCUCGAUUAUAUAACUGGGUUGGUUAUUAGAGCAAUUGUGUUUCAAAUCAAUGCUUUUUUUGUGUUACUGAAAUGCCCAGUGUGGCUUACGGUACACGCUUUCAUGUUUUUUAUGGACCCUUUUGGAGCAAUUAGAAAGGGGAAAGGUUUGUUGGUGGAUAUUUUGGGUAGAGUGUUGUGUGGUGUUUGUGGGUGCAUUGGUUCUUCAGCUCAGGAGUGGUUAAAAGAGCACAAGUCUUUGUGGAAUGUUGCGUUUAGGUGUGGAUGGGGGUUGUUGUGGUCGGUCUAUGUUUGUUGCAUUUUGUUUGCUCUUUUCAUUUGUUCUCUUCUCGUGAGUGGGUUUUUGGUGAAGAGUGUGGUGGAGAAGCCUUUUCAGAUGAGUCAGGGUUUUAACUUUGAUUACACCAAGCAGAGUCCUUUUGCAUUGGUGCCUUUGAUGUCUUGUGAUAAUGUUAGGAGCGGGCAUGAUUCUGGAACGAACAUUGCUGUUGGAAAUCGGAUGGGUAGAAGGGUUAUACCUGCUAAUCAGAAGGUGCAGGUCGCUGUUUCAUUAGUGGUGCCAGAGUCCGAAUACAACACAAACCUUGGCAUCUUUCAGAUCAAGGUAGACUUCUUGUCCUUUGAUGGCAAAACAAUUUGGACUGCGACCCAACCUUGCAUGUUAAAAUUCAUAAGCGAGCCUAUCCGGCUAAUGAUGACAUUCCUCAAGAUUGUACCACUUGUCACUGGUUUUAUAUCAGAGACCCAGACACUGAAUGUCAAGCUGAGAGGUUUCGUUGAAGGAAAUGUACCUACUUCAUGCUUGAAAGUAACACUAGAACACCGAGCAGAAUAUCCACCUGGUGCUGGCAUUCCUCAAAUAUAUGAUUCAUCAGUUAUUAUUGAAUCAGAACUUCCCUUAAUCAAGAGAAUCUUAUGGCGUUGGAAGCUGGGCAUAUUUGUAUGGAUCGCAAUGAUGGCUUUCAUGAUGGAGUUACUAUUUGUUUUGGUGUGUUGCUUGCCUAUAAUUAUUCCAAGAACCAGGCAAGGUAGUGGUUCUGCUCCUGUUACUGGUAAUUGAAGUAAUCUUCAGGCAUCAAGUUGUGGAAACUAGUUUCUUCCUAAGGCAUCGUGACCACAACAGAAAAUUUUUCUUUUUCUUCCAAUAAUAUUACCUAGCUUUUCCUGACAUGUAUAUCUUGUUUAGUGAGGCAUCCUAACUUCAAUUCUUUUGUCCUAACCUGUACAUUUUUACUUGUAAUGUUACUUUGCCAUAUCUUUGUCCA